AUGUCCUCAUCGCACCAUCAUUCCGCGCGCGCUACGCUGCGAGCCCGCUGGCACGGCGGCGCGCACAAGGCGGGAUACGGAAUCCGCGCGGCGCACGUCAUCCAGGCGUGCGCCUUCGCGAUAGUCACGCUCUGGCUCUGCUACCAUUGGUCGCACGCCCCCCGCCGCCAGCCCCCACACGACGCGGACCCGGCGGCGGUGAGCGCGGGGAGGCUGCAGGUUCGGGGGCUCGUUGUGGAGCGGCCCAAACCUAAAGACGUGGCUCGGCGGAAGAGCCGCAGCGUGAUCUCCCUGGAGGGCCCCGGCGACCGCGACCUGCUGCCGGGGGACGGCGCGCUGGCGGACGCGGAGGGCGCGCGCGGCGGAGGGGCGGCCCUGGCGGGGGGGGAUAUCGUGCGGCGCAUCGUGGCGAAGGCGGGCAUGGCGCAGGCGGCGGGCGUGAAGCUGAAGGACCUGGUGGAGGCGAAGGCGCAGGGCGGGGGGAACCUGCUGGGGGAGUUCGGGGGGGAGGCGGAGGAGGAGGGGGAGCGGAAGUGGGAGGAGGAGGGGGAGAUGGAGGAGCGCGCGCUGGUGGACCUCAAGGGCGGCGGGCGCGAGGCGAAGGUGGUGCAGCGCGCGCUGGACGAGACGCGCGCCGUGGAGGGCGACGGCACGGGGGAGGGGGGCGCGGAGGGGGAGGGCGAGCGCGAGGGCGCUGCGUCGUCGGCGCUGGAGGUGGCGGAGGACGCGGAGGUGGGCGCGGGGAGGGGGGGCGCGGAGGAGAGAGGGGCGGAGGGCGGGAGGGAACAGCAGGCGGGGCGGGGGGAGAGACAGGGUGGAGGGGGGAGCGGGAAGUUGUUUAAGGCGGAAGGGAGAGGGGAAGAAGCAGCGGAGACGGAAGGGGAAGAGCGGGGAGGGGAGGCGGGGCAGCAGGGACGGGGAGAGGAGGAGGAUGAAGAAAGGGGUGAGGAGGAUGGGGCAGCAGAGGGCGGUAGCACCAGCACCAGCGGCGGCGGCGGCGGCGCAAGGGAGGGGCAGCAGGGGGUGGGCAACAGCAGCAGCGUGAGCCACCCAGUGCUGCUGGCGGGCACGCGGCGCAUGGCAGUGCGCCUGCACGCCCCCUCUGCUCGCCUGCUGCUCGCCUUCUCCCCCUCCCGCGUUGCCAUGCCCGCCCACCCGCCCACCCGCCUCACCGCCGUGCCACCCCUGCUGCUGCCGCUGCUGCCGCCCGUGCUGCAGGGCCGCCCGCUGUCAGCCUUCCAGGCGGAGGGCGCUGCUGCUGCUGCUGGUGCUGCUGCUGGUGCUGGUGGUAGUGGUGGUUGGACGGGAGUGGGGAAGGGCAGCACGCAGGGUGUGACGUGGCGGGGGCACGUGCGAGUGGGCAGAGGGGACGGUGGGGCUGCGGAGGAGAGGGUGGAGAGCGACGGGGAGAGGGAAGGGGGCGAGGAGGUGGAGGUGCGGGUGGGAGUGAGUGCGGAGGUGCUGAGUGCACGCGCCAUCGCUGUCACGUGGACCGUGGCGCCCAACCUCCACUCCACGCCUCUGUGUGCACUUCUACCUGUCCGCGCACCACGUGGUCACACUUCGUCUCCCCCCUCUCCAUCCCCCCCUGCCCUCCCGUACGCCCACCACCCCUGCCCGUGCAUUCCAUCACCCCUGCCCGUGCAUGCCACCAACAUGCGCCAGCCAGCAGCAGCACGGCGUGCACAGCGCCCCUUUGAAGCGCCGCUGCACCUGGAGCUGAAGAUCCAGGACAGCCCUGUUGGAUGGUACGGUGGUGGAGAGCGGUUCAACGCGGUGAACCAGAAGGGAAGUGUGCUGCCCAUGGCCAGCCGAGACACACCCUCAGGCAACCAGGCGGAGCGCACGUACAAGGCGGUGCCGUUCGUGAUGAGCACGUCGGGGUGGGGCGUGUGGGUGGACUCGCACGCCCAGGGCUCCUUCCUGCUCAACCACGCCUCCCACCCCCACCACAUGGUGCUGCGCUACCCGGUCUUCACGUCGCUGCGCCUGGUGUUCAUGGCGGGCCCGCGCCUGCUGGACGUGCUCGCACUCUUCUCGCGCCUCUCCUCCUCGCGCCCCAUCCCUCCACCCCUCUGGGCCUUUGCGCCCUGGAAGGGCUGCGACAUGCACCGCAGCAGCCAGGAGGUAUUGGAAGAUGCGGAGAAGCUGCGGCAGCAUGGCAUACCGGGGUCGGUGAUACUGAUGGACAGCCCGUGGCAGACGGCAUACAACGACUUCGCCAUCAACCACCUCCACUUCACCCACCCCCACACGCUCUUCUCCAACCUGCAUGCCCUCGGCUUCCGGGUGGUGUUUGGGGCGACGCCGUUCGUGAGCGAGGUGAACGGCGUGAGCGAGGUGAACCGCGUGGACAUGCCGGGCAUCACGGCUGCCACCGCGCCCAACUUCCACGAGGCAGCGCGCCGCGCCUUGCUGGUGCGCAACGCCACGGGGCACCCGCAGGUGGUGCGCUGGUGGAAGGGGCGCGGGGCGUGCGUGGAUUUCACCAGCGCAGAGGCGGAGCGGUGGUGGCGCGGGCAGAUGGGGCGCAUGCUGCAGUGGGAGGAGGUGUUUGGCGGGGUGAAGGCGGACGACGGCGAGGGCGGGUACUUUGAGCCGGGUGCCGUGUUCCAUGACGGCACCCCGCUCCCCCUCAUGCGCAACAAAUACGUGCAGCUGUACCUGGGCAGCAUGCAGCGCUUCAUCAACGACAGCGUGGGGCCCACCCAGGGCGUUGUGCUCGCCCGCUCUGCCUUCACUGGCACUGCCAGCUCAUUCGUGUGGGCGGGCGACAACAGGGCAUCCUUCUCGCGGUCGGACGGGCUGCCAUCGGUGGUGGUGGCGGGGCAGACAGCGGCGCUGUCAGCGUUGUACCUGUGGGGCAGCGGCAUGGCGGGCUGUGUGGGCAAGCCCAUCCCGCGUAACGUCUUCAUCCGCUCCACGCAGUUCGGCGCGCUGUCCCCGUUGAUGCAUCAGUUCGGGCAGGCCAACAACGGCCCGUGGGACUACGACGCGCUCACGCUGCGCAUCUACCGCCGCUUUGCCCGCCUGCACACCGCCCUCGCGCCCUACCUGCUGCGCGCCGCCCGCCUGGCAAGCACGGAGGGGCGGCCCGUGAUGUGCCCCAUGGCGCUGUGUGCGCAGGGGGAUGAGGCGGCGGAGCGCGGGCGGUGGGAGGGGCAGUACCUGCUGGGGGGCGACCUGCUGGUGGCAACCGUCGUCAAUGAGACUGACCAUGUGCAG